AUGGAUAAACCUAUUGGGCAUAACGACGAUGGUUCGAUACGGGGAGGAGGGUUGUUGGGUCCCAAGGCUACGUACUGGCACACUUUACGCCUUCCUUAUGCUACGUUGUUAGGUAAGACAAGUAACGUGCUCGAACACGCUGUCACCCAUAAGAGUCCGAAUCACUCAACACCGAUCUUUUGCGCCAGUGAGGCCGAGAACCACACGUCGUGGACACUUUUCAACACAGGCUUGAGACCAGAGAUCUGCAGUGCAGUAACUAAACGCGAAGUAAACCAGACGAGCCCAGACCCAAACCCAGAGACCCAGACCCAAGCACAACAAACAGGCAGUUAUCCGAUAGACAAGACGCCCGCCCAAGAACCCAAAGCCACAAAUAGCAAGUCCAAAAAGUCCGCUCGCUCAACAACAAUCAAGGUGGUAUCUUGGAGGAGAAAAGACACUGGCAAGCCACGGCCGUACUGA